AGCAGCAAAGAAGCCUGCGUUUUGCGUUUUUGCGUUUUGCGUUUCUGCUUCUUUCAGAAAACCUACGACCUGCACUGCACCUGCCUCCAUUAAUUCACCACCAGGCCGGCGUCGACCUGCCUCCUGCCACCAUCACCAGGCGUCGGUUAACCACUUAACCUCCUUCCUUCUAUUCUCAAAGAACAGUGAGAAUUUUCAGGUUCUAUUUUUUUCCCUCAAUGCCUCCUAAGUCACUUCCUAAGGGUAGGAAAUAUGAUUGUGGAUAUGUAAAGCGUAAGAAAAAGAUAAGACUUGAGAAAUUAACUCAAUCUCAAUCAGGAGCUAUCGAAAAAUUUAUUAUAAAAGAACCACAAAAUGUUGAAAAUAUUGAUGCUGAUAUUGUUGAUGUUCAAACUGUUGAUAUUGAAAAUGCUGAAAAUGUUAAUAAUAAUAUUGAUGUUGAAAAUGUUGUUGAUGAUAAUGAAAGUGUUGAUGUUGAAAAUGAAAAUGUUGAUGAUGAUAAUGAAAUUGUUCGUGCCGAAAAUGUUGAUGUGAAUGAUAUUGGUUAUGAUAUAUUUGAUCCAACUAUUUGGGAUUCUCUUGAUUCUAGAAUGCGAGAUUUGUUAGUUACAAAAGGUCCUAAAAGAGAUUGUUCUAUUGUGAAGGGUCCUAAGGAUAAAUUUUCUAGACGCUUUUUAGCUAAUUGGUAUACUAGAGUUUUGCCAAAUGGAGAGACAUGUGAUAGGGAUUGGCUUGUUUAUUCAAAAGAGCUUGAUAGAGUAUUUUGCUUUUGUUGUAAAGUUUUUAAAAGAGGGAUUACUAUUGGUCAAUUAGUAAAUGAGGGUUUUAGUGAUUGGAUACAUGUUAAUCAAAGACUGAAAGAGCAUGAGACUUGCAUGGAACAUGUUAAGAAUAUGACUACUUGGUAUGAGUUGCGUCAAAAAAAAAAUUUGGCCUUCCGUGGUCAUAAUGAGAAAUUGUACCAAAAUAGCAAUGGUAAUUUUUUAGGUUUAAUUGAAAUGGUAGCUGAAUUUGACCCAAUUAUCCAAGAACAUGUAAGACGUAUUACAGAUGACAAUCUUCAUGUUCACUAUCUUGGGCAUAGAAUCCAAAAUGAACUAAUACUUUUGCUUGCUUCUGAAAUUAAAAAUGAAAUUAUUAGAAAAAUAAAACAAACAAAGUAUUUUUCAGUGAUACUUGAUUGUACCCCUGAUGUUAGUCAUCAAGAACAAAUGUCUUUGAUAAUACGAUACGUGAAUGUUUCUUCAAAUAGGAUUGAGGAAUCUUUCUUAGGAUUUUUGAAUGUGGAUGAUACAACAGGGCAGGGUCUUUUUGAUGUUUUACAAGAUGAAUUGAAAAAGCUUGAUCUAGACCUAUUUGAUGUGCGAGGACAAGGUUAUGACAAUGGGUCGAAUAUGAAAGGAAAACAUCAAGGUGUACAAAAGAGGUUUUUAGAUAUAAAUCCAAGAGCCUUUUAUACUCCUUGUGGUUGUCAUAGUCUCAAUUUGGUAUUGUGUGAUAUGGCAAACUCUUGUCGCAAAGCUAAAGAAUUUUUUGGAGUUGUUCAACGCAUUUAUACUAUUUUUGCCAAUUCUACCAAGAGAUGGCAAAUUUUAAAAGAUAAUGUAAAAGGGUGGACUCCGAAAUCAUUGUCAUCCACUCGUUGGGAGAGUCAUAUAGAUAGUGUCAAAGCUAUAAGACUUCAAAUGUCAGAUUUUAGAGAAGCUUUACUUGAAGUGUCGGAAAAUGAUUCAGAUUCUAAAAUAGAAAGUGAAGCCAAAUCCUUAGCAACAAAUGAACUUGGUGAUUUUAAGUUUUUAGUGGCGAUAGUUAUUUGGUAUGAAAUAUUAUUUGCAAUUAAUACGGUUAGCAAACUCUUACAGUCAAGUGAUAUGCUUAUUGAUUUUGCUAUGGAAAAAAUAAAGGGGUUGAUUUCAUUUUUUGAGGAAUAUAGAGAAACUGGUUUUAAAAAUGCCUUGAAUUAUGCUACGGAAAUUGCUCUUGAAUUGAACAUUGAUCCAGUAUUUUCUCAAAAGCGUAAAAUUCAAAGAAAAAGACAAUUUGAUGAGAAUUUGAGUACCGCGUCAGUUGAGCUAUCUGAAGAGGAAUCUUUUAGGGUUAAUUAUUUUCUUUACCUUGUUGAUCAAGCUGUUGUAUCUCUUAAAACGAGGUUUGAGCAAUACCAACAAUAUGAAAGUAUUUUUGGUUUCUUGUUUAGUUCUCAAAAUUUACAAUUGUUGGAUGAUGCAACUUUGAACUCUUGUUGUAGUAAUUUAGAGGAAAGGUUGAAACAUAAUGAGCAGUUUGAUGUUGUUGGGAAAGAACUAUGUGUGGAGUUAAGGUUACUAAGAAAUAUGUUGCCUGGAGGAAAGAUGGGGCCUAUUGAUAUAUUAAAAUUUUUGAAAGGCAUGAAUUGUUUUCCUAAUACAAUUAUUGCAUAUAGAAUUUUAUUAACUAUUCCUGUUACAGUUGCCUCUGCAGAAAGAAGCUUUUCAAAAUUGAAGUUGUUGAAGUCUUACUUGCGGUCUACCAUGUUACAAGAAAGACUUAACGGCUUAGCAUUGAUAGCAAUUGAGAAUAAUCUCUUGGAUGACAUACAAUAUGAAGACUUGAUUGAUGAAUUUGCUUCAAAAAAUGCAGCAAGAAUGAGUCGAUUUAAGUAG